AGUAACUCAUGAACCUCCGUCAUGGAAACUACCUCGCUGCUACCAUCGUAUUUGAACGAAGCGCUCGUUCGCAGUGCCCUCGAGCAUGGCCUAGAAUAUCCCAAACGUGUUGAAGUUGGCAUCCAUCGUUUUGUGAUUAGAGUGGCCACAAGCGCCGGCGAUAACUAUCUGAGUGAUGUUUUCAGGGCAUGGGUUCGGUACAAUCGUUCCCGAGAUGAUGACAAUAUUGAGGAGGCUUCGUUGAUAGUGAAAUGUAUGCCCGAUACAGGAUUCCGAGGACCUGUGAUUGGACAGCUGAAUGCAUUCGAGAAGGAAGUCGACAUGUUUCGAGACGUUGUACCCGCUUUGUCGAAAUUUGUUAACGGUGAGAUGUUUGCCGCUCGUCUUUUUCACGCUACAACCGACCCCGUGCGAAUGAUAAUCUUCCAGGACCUGAACGCACUCGGCUUCACCAUGGCGGACCGCACCCAGGGUGGGUUGGAUUAUAACCAUUGUGCAUUGAUAAUGCGAAAAAUAGCCUCUUUCCACGCCGCAUCCAUGAUCUUGGCUAACAGUAGUACUGCUAAGGAGACGGAACUUGAGCGUCAGUUUGAGUAUGGUUUCAUAAAUCCCCACAUCGCACCGGAAAGUAACACCGUACUUCAUAUGCUCAUCGGUGGAUUAGAUACCCUUAUAGAAUGCUCCGAGAAGCAUUGGGUUGGUUUUGACCGCGAAAUUGUGGCGAAGUUGAAGAAAAUGAAACCUACCUACAAGGACCGUAUCGCAACGUGCUUGAACCAAAAAUUCACCGAUGGUUUCAAAGUGCUCAACCAUGGUGAUCUGUGGAUCAAUAACAUCAUGUUCCAGUACGAUGCUGGUGGUGCGCCGAAGGAUGUUGUCUUUGUGGACUACCAGCUGAGCUGUUACACCAGUCCGGGAGUGGAUUUGAAUUAUUCGCUGAUAAAUUGUCCCACUUUUGAUGUGCGAGAGCGGCAGAGUGAUGAUCUUGUUGGGGAGUAUCACCGGAAACUCGCGUCGACUCUUGUUGAAGGAGGUUUUUCGAAAGUACCAUCGCUGGAUCAAGUGCAGCGCGAGAUAAAAAGAAUGAGAUAUUUCAGUUUCAUUGCUGCGGUAGGUAUCUUACCGAUUGUAAUGAUGGAAAGUACCUCCGAGGUAGAUAUUAGUUUUGAUGCUAUGCUCGAUGAAGAAAAAUCAAAAAAGCUGCGUUUGUGUCAGUACAAUGGGGAGCGCUACCGGAAGUCUAUAACCGCAUUGCUCGAGAAGUUCAACAGAGAAGGUUUGCUCGAUUCGGUUCUAGAGGUUAUCCCUAAAAACACCGAGGUACUGGCCUAUGCAGACGAUCUACUGCUGAUGGCAAGAAAUCCUUUCCCAGAAAUGGCCCGCAGAAGACUGCAGGAAGGAAUCUCGGCUCUUCCAGCCAAGGUGCAGGUACCAGAAUACUUGAACGAAGAUCUUAUCAAGAGAUCACUCGCCAAUGGUUUCCAAAAUGAUAGUGUAACAGUGAAGAAGCUCCAAAUUUCUCCAGCCACCUCAGCCGGGGACAAUUACAUGAGUGAAGUGUUCCGAAUUCAUGUUGAAUAUCGAGACGCGUUGGAUACGGAUGAGGUUAAACAAAUUUCGCUGAUUGUUAAAUGUAUGCCCGACGGCGAAAACCGCGGAGAGGUUAUCGAGGCGUUAACAGUGUACGAAAAGGAAGCGGAAAUGUUCAUCAAUGUGAUACCCCAACUGUCGAAAAUUGCCAGGGGUGCAUUCUUUGCUGCUAAAUGCUAUUACGCUACGCGCGAUCCGGAACGGAUGCUGGUGUUCCACGACCUCAAAUCCCUGGACUACACGAUGGCGAAUCGCCACGCUGGUCUCGAUUUUGACCACUGUGCACUUAUUAUGAAGAAGAUUGGCAAAUUCCACGCGGCUUCGAUGCGUUACGCCGAGAAAAAUAUGGACGUAAUGGGCAAAUACUUCCACUUCAGUAUGUUCAAUCCUGAUGUCGGCAAGAGACUCGACUGUAUGGACGUUAUUUUUGGAAAAGGGUUCGCAACCUUGAUCGACAUCGCUGAAGCGGAGUGGGAAGAUUUUGAUCCGAAAAUUUUGGCGAAAAUGAAACGUCUGCUGCCGGUGUAUGUGUCCAAGCUCGAAGAAUGUCUAGGCCAGAAGUUUGACGACGGCUUCAAAGUCCUGAACCAUGGUGAUUUGUGGUGUAAUAAUAUGUUGUUCAAACAUAGCGUACCGUCUGGGAAAGUUGAAGAUGUUGUUUUCGUGGAUUAUCAAAUAAGCUACUAUUCCAGUCCCGGAAUUGAUUUAAAUUAUGCCCUAUCAAAUUGUCCCGAUCGGGAGACUCGCAAACGCACCGAUGAGUUGAUUAACAUUUACUAUCAAUCACUGAGCGAAACUUUGAAACAAAUCGAAUAUUCUCGGAUUCCAACGCUGGCGGAUGUUCUCCGGGAAAUUGAACGGAUGGAGUUCUUUGCCCUUGUUUCGGUUAUCUCCGUACUGCCGAUCGUAAUGAUGGAAAAGACGGACUCAUUCGAGUGCAAUUUCGAUGCAUUUUAUGACGAGGAAAUAGCGGAAAAGGUGAGGAGAAUACAAUUCGGUGGUAAGAUGUACCAGUCCAUCGUGAAGCCAAUGCUGAAGCGUUUUGACGAAAGAAAUUUGUUGGAUGUAUAAUUGUCAUGCUUCGCAAGUAGCCGUCAACGUUUCUUGGCAUCCAUGUAGGCAGUAUUUUUGAAUCCCGUAUUACCCAAAUUUUCGUACAGUGUGGAUUGGAAAAACAUCGUACAAACUGUAUGAUAAUUUAGAUAAAAUAAAACAAUUGAUACAACAUUUUUGCUUCUAACAUUGUGAUUCUUCCACCACCGAGAAAUGAAAUGUAUGAACUAAAUCAAUUAAAAAGAAUCAAUCUGACGGUAGAACUCGAACAUUGUAGAUAUUGUUAGAAAUCUGAGAUCAUAUAAUAUUUCAGUUUGCAGAACAUACGUGGAGGUAAUAAAAUUUAACAACUGUCGACAUUA